UUUCCGAAUACUUUGGCGAAUAUGAAUAAAAAGAAUUGGUCAAUGAAAUGGGUCGUGGCAAAAUUCAUAGAUACUAAAGAUUAUAGUGUUCUUCCCAUAAAUUGGCUGGUAGAAAAUGAAACUGAAAAGUUGAUCACCAGCACAAUCAAAUUUUGUAAAUGGCCACCGAUAAGAUCUGUGACUAGCGAUGAUCUGAAUAAAGCUGUGAAACCAAAAGAUUCUUGGACACAGUAUGAAAUUAAGAUACUUGGCGGUAACAAAACUCACGACAACUUUAGUAAAGCAUGGCAUGUUCAAGUAGUGACUUCUGAUAAUGAAGAACCAGUGGCAAAAAAAAAAUGCAAUACUCCAGUGACUGAUAGUUCAGAUGACGAAGAUAUAGGUUUUGUUAUUGCUCCAGCUAUAUCUAAUAGUUUAUUGAUUGGUUCUCAAGACAUGACUUUUAAAGACAGCAUACCACAAUUGUCUACAACUCCAAUAUAUACAGAUAUGUCAAUUAUACCAACAGAGCCACAAUCAUCAACUGCUUCUUCAAUAUACAGAAAUAUAUCAAUAACAGAGCCACAAUCAUUUACUAAUCAAAUAACUUCAGAUCAACAUUCUGCAGAAAGGUCCAUCUUAGAACAGAUAUCUAAUUUUGAAGUAUAUCAAAAUGAGUUUAGCAGCUCACAACAGUCGCAACUCAUAAUAUCUUCAAAUGACGCCAACACAUCCACCAACACAAGUUUAAGAACGUAUGAAGGUAAAACAAUAGUCAAUUAUAAUUUAUAAUUAUAAGUGAUAAUU